AUGACUUCUGACUGCUGCAGUUCUUUCCUCCGUGGGCAGCUUUCAGAGGCCGAGGCUGCCCCCCCUGGCCUCUCGGCCACCCUGGCACAUGCCAACCGUGUCCGUGUGGGGUCGACCCCUCUGGGCCGGCCCAACCUCUGCCUGCCCCAAAGCUGCCACACCGCUUGCCUGCCAGGGACCUGCCACAUUCCUGGCAACAUCGGAAUCUGUGGUGCCCACGGUGAAGGCGUCCUGAACGGCCACGAGAAGGAGACCAUGCAGUUCCUGAACGACCGGCUGGCCAACUACCUGCAGAAGGUGCGGCAGCUGGAGCAGGAGAACGCGGAGCUGGAGACCAAGAUCCGGGAGUGGAGCAAGUGCCACGAGACCACCGUGUGCCCCAACUACCAGUGCUACUUCAGGACCAUCGAGGAGCUCCAGCAGAAGAUCCUGUGCGUCAAGGCUGAGAACAACAGGCUGGUCGUUCAGAUCGACAGUGCCAAGCUGGCUGCAGAUGACUUCAGGACCAAGUACCACAUGGAGCGCUCACUGCACCAGCUGGUGGAGGCCGACGUCUGCGGCCUGCGCAGGGCGCUGGAUGACCUCACCCUCGCCAAGUGCGACCUGGAGGCCCAGGUGGAGUCCCUGAAGGAGGAGCUGCUCUGCCUCAAGAAGGACCACGAGCAGGAAGUGGACACUCUGAGGUGCCAGCUGGGAGACAAGCUCCGCAUUGAGCUGGACACCGAGCCCUCCGUGGACCUGAGCAGGGUGCUGGAGGAGAUGCGGUGCCGGUACGAGGCCAUGGUGGAGACCAACCGCCAGGAUGUGGAGCAGUGGUUCCAAGCCCAGUCGGAGGGCAUCAGCCUGCAGGCCAUGUCCUGCUCUGAGGAGCUGCAGUGCUGCCAGUCGGAGAUCCUGGACCUGAGAUGCACGGUGAACGCCCUGCAGGUGGAGCUUCAGGCGCAGCACAACCUGAAGGACUGUCUGCAGAACUCCCUGUGCGAGGCCGAGGGCCGCUGGCACGAGCUGGCCCAGAUGCAGAGCCUGAUCAGCACUGUGGAGGAGCAGCUGGCCGAGAUCCGGGCUGACCUGGAGCGGCAGAACCAGGAGUACCAGGUGCUGCUGGACGUCAAGGCACGGCUGGAGUGCGAGAUCAACACGUACCGCCUGCUGGAGAGCGAGGACUGCAAGCUUCCCUGCAACCCGUGCGCGACCCCAGCCUCCAGCACCCCUGUCCAGCCCCUGCAGCCUGCGGCACCUGCUCCCCCUGCCUUGCCAGGCCUCCUCAGGCCUCCUGUGGGCCCUGCUCAUUGCCUGGGUGAUGACGUGUUCCUCAGCCCAAGUAGCAGCAGCAGCGUUACCUGGAAACUUGUUGAAGAUUCAGAUUCUUGA